AUGGACCAAGCUGGCCCCCUUCCACUUACUUGCAAAGCAGGGGUCGUGAUAAAGCAUGGACCCGACUUCAAAGUAGAAAUCCAAGACGUGCCUGUUCCCGAGCCUGGCCCGGACGAGAUCCUGAUCCGACUCAAUGCUACUGGUAUAUGUUACAGCGAUAUACACUACAUGCUGGAGGAUUUGCCACUGCCAAGAAUGAGAGACUACGGAGUUCGGUCCCCAGGGCACGAGGGCGCGGGUGUCGUUGUCAAGGUGGGCGUACUUGUUAAGAACUGGAAGCUCGGUGAUCGUGCUGGGGUGAAGCCAACUUGGAAUACGUGCAUGUCUUGCCAGCUCUGCUGGUCGGGGCUCGAAUGCCACUGUGCUGAGGCUGUCCCUACUGGCCUCAAGGUUCCAGGAACUUACCAGCAGUAUAUCUUGAGCCCAGCUAGAUAUACUUCUAGAAUCCCGGACGGGGUAGACGACUUCUCGGCUGGCCCUAUCAUGUGCAGCGGAUCAACCAUGUAUCGGUCUCUUGUUGAGUCUCAACUUAGGCCUGGACAUUGGGCCGCAUUCCUUGGGGCUGGUGGAGGUGUAGGCCACAUGGGCGUACAACUUGCCAAGGCAAUGGGCCUUCGGGUAAUCGGUAUCGACGCUGGCGAAAAGAAACGCAAAAUGUGCAUGGAUCUUGGCUGUGAAGAGUUUGUUGAUUUUUCUGAUGCGAAGGACGUCCCUGAGGAGAUCAAGCGCAUCACCUUUGGCAAAGGGGUUGAUGGGGUGUUUGUUACGGCAUCGUCGCCAACGUCGUAUGCCAUGGCUACCAAGAUGGCCUGCAUCGGCGGGAGGAUCAUGUGUGUUGGGAUGCCCCCUUCUGGGACUGCCUUUGCUGGUGAUGAUCCCAUGUUUCUGAUGCUCCGCAACCUCAAGGUCAUUGGAACACUUACUGGGUCCGUGAAGGACACUGAAGAUGCGCUGGAGUUUGCCGCACGGGGUUUGUUGAAACCCGUAUACGAGCUAUUUGGCAUUGAUAGCUUACCGGAGGCUGUUGACUUAUUGAGACAAGGCAAGGUUGCGGGCCGGUGUGUGAUUGACUUCAACGCCUAA